CAUUCAGAUUAAAAGACGAAGAAGUGACAAGUACAAAGAUGAAAGGAGAUAAUAAACUUUCUCUGUGGAUUGCAUUCAUAGUGCUUGGAUGUGCUCUCUUCACUGUGGGAGUUUUGAUUGGAUAUUUUGGACAUCCAAAUGAUUCCUGUCCAUUAUUUUCAGCGGUGGAAACUGAGAAAAUCAGUCGAAUGAUGAUUGAUGAAUGCAAAGCUGAAAACAUCGAACAAAAUCUCAGAGAAUUAAGCAGCCGACCUCAUUUGGCUGGAACGCCAGCAGAGAAGGAGAAUGCCGAGAUGCUUGUAAAUCUAUGGACCGAGUACGGAUUCGAUUCGGUUCGGUUACUAUCCUACGAUGUACUCUUGGCUUAUCCGGAUCCAGACAAUCCGAAUAAGGUGAUGAUAACGGACAAUGGGGAGGUUAACUUUACGACAGCUUUACACGAAGAGAUUCUACGACCAGAAGAUGACCACCCGGACGUUGUUCCACCAUUCAAUGCUUAUUCUGCGCAAGGAGAGCCUGAGGGUCCUUUGGUUUAUGUCAACUAUGGUCGAGCAGAAGACUUUGAAUGGCUGGCAAAGAAUAAACCCGAAAUCAGCAUUACUGGAUGCAUAGCUAUUGCUAGAUAUGGAAAAGCGUUUCGAGGAAAUAAGGUGCUAGCCGCAGAAGCAGCGGGUGCCAUUGGGGUAAUUCUAUAUUCGGAUCCUGCCGACUACGCCAUUGAUGAAGAUGUAGCCGUCUAUCCGGACGGAUGGUGGUUACCCGAUACCGGUGUUCAAAGGGGAAAUACUUUCGUCAGUGAUGCUAAAGGGGAUCCCGUCACUCCCGGUUAUCCGGCUAAACCGUAUAUGUACCGGUUAAACGAUUCGGAUACAGCCCUUCCAAAGAUUCCGGUUCAUCCGAUUGGCUAUGGAGAUGCCAAAUAUCUUCUAAGUGAGUUAUCGGGUGAUGAGGUGAAUCCUGACUGGGCAGGAAACCUGGAUGUAACCUAUCGAUACGGACCGGGAUUUAUCAACCCGAGAAGGAAGGUCAAGAUGAGUAUCCACACAUCACGUGAGAUCAGAACAAUAUAUGACGUCGUCGGUAUCGUCAAUGGCGCCCUGGAACCAGAUCGCUAUGUAUUGAUGGGUAACCAUCGCGAUGCCUGGGUGUAUGGUGCUGUAGACCCUUCUAGUGGUACAGCGGCUCUUAUGGAGAGUGCAAGGGUCUACUCAAAGAUGAUCAAAACUGGUUGGAGGCCUCGUCGUACGGUCAUGUUCUGUUCUUGGGGAGCUGAGGAAUACGGACUACUCGGAUCAACGGAAUUCGUUGAGGAGUACCAGAAAAUAUUAGGAGAGAGGGCUGUUGCAUACAUCAAUACAGAUAUCGCUGUUACGGGAAAUUAUUCUUUCAGUGCUUCAUCAACACCCCUACUAGAGGGAGCCCUCUACGAUGCCGCUAAGAAGGUGCCUGACGGUGAAACAAGAGAAAGAACGAUAUAUGAUGUUUGGCUUGAUCGACUACCCGAUAGCAGCGGCAACGGUCUACCGAAUAUCAAAGUUCUGGGAUCCGGAAGUGAUUUUGCGCCGUUCAUGUAUCGUAUUGGUGUGCCCUGUGUGAGUCUGUCAUAUCUAUACGACCCGAGUCUUGGGAUAUCAUCGUACCCUUUGUACCAUUCCGUUUAUGAAACAUUCUACAUAGUCAAGAAGUUCUUUGAUUACAACUUCUGGCGCCAUCAGUCCAUUGCACGGUUUAUGCUUGAAUUCUCGCGAAAUCUCGCAGACUCCGUGAUUCUCCCGUUUGGUGUCCGCGACUAUGCAACGAAACUCAAGUCGUCGAUUGACUACCUUUACAGUAAAUACGGUGAGAAGAUGGCGGCGCAGAAUAUCAAUUUCGAAUACAUUGAUUCAGCCAUUACAAACUUUACAGCAGCGGCUACAUCAUUUGAAGAACAGCUGGAGCAAAUCGAUAUUAAUAAUCCCAUCGCGGUUAGACGUGUUAAUGAUCAGAUGAUGCAACUUGAAAGGGCUUUCAUCGAUCCCGUUGGCCUUCCUGGGAGGAAAUGGUUAAGACAUGUCGUAUAUGCUCCUAGCAGCGUAAACCACUAUGCGGGCGACGCUUUUCCCGCCCUUGUCGAUGCCAUGUACCAGAUUGAUGACGACAUUGAUCAGGUGACUCGAUGGAAUGCAGUCAGAGAACAAAUGGCCAUCGUAGCAUUCACCAUCCAAUCAGCGGCCAUUACACUUACUGACGUCACACAACUCUGAAUAUUUCUUCUUCUUGAACUGUAUAUCGGAUUCUCUAUCUUUGUCAUUUAUUUGCGGGGAGGGGGGGGGGUCUUGGUGACAAGUACAGAUUGCAAAUUAAAAAUGCGUAUUAUUUAUAGACUUUUGAAAAUAUUACUACUACAGUUAUGUACGUAAGCAUGUUUUGUUAUGCUUAACUAAAUUUCAAACGAUCACAGAAUCACAGGAAACUCGUUUCUUUACUUAUUUUACUUUUUUUCUAAAAUAAAUACACAAGUUUUGUUUUAAUUGUUGUACAUGUAUAUAAGAAUGAUAUAUCGUAUCCACUGCUAUUAGUGACCUGUUUUAUAUGUCUUUAAUUGAAUAAACAAUGUUUUCAAAAUAUUUAUUUUUUUUAUUAAUGAAUCAAAGCAUCCACAGAGUAUUACUAUUAUCUAUGCUCACCAGAAAAUAAAAGACAAACACUUUGAAGUGAUUUUAGUAAUUUUUUUUGCCUAUUUGCCUAAUAAAAGAAAAUGUGAUAGUUACAAUUAUUCUUGUAAUUGUUAUCAUUAAAACUAAUUUAGAGAAAAAUUGUGCCGAUUGAGUGAUGUCAAUCUGCCAAAAAAUAAUAUGAUUUGAACAGAUAUAGAAAUAUCAGACAAA